AUGACGUCCAUUCGUACAACUCGCACUGGCACAUUGCCUCGUGGUGGCACGCCGCCUCGUACCUCUGGUACACCUCUCACCCCUGGCACACCCGUCACCCCUCAUCCCGGUUUCGAGGAGCCGCCGCGCAUCCAAGUGGCGGGGAGCCCGAGUUUGGAGGGCUAUGCUAGGAAGCGUCGCGAAUUAUUGGAGAUCCUUAAUUCAUUCCAUAGUUCAGGCAUUCAAAGUGAAGUGGAACUCCCGCAGAUUGUGGUUCUCGGCUCCCAGAGUGUCGGGAAGAGCACACUACUUGAGCUUAUAAGUGGGAUAAAACUACCCAGGAAUGCCGGCACAUGCACCAGAUGUCCUAUGGAAUGUCGCCUGCAAAACUUCCCCACCUGGUCCUGUCAACUUAGCAUCCGAGUUCAUAGAGAUGCUCAGGGAAAUAUUCUCCAGGAGCCUACAGAAGUACGAUUUGGAGACGUACUGACCAACGUAAAUCAAGUCGAGCAGGCUUUACGUCGCGCACAAGCUGCGAUACUUAAUCCCAACGUCGACUACCGUAAUUUCUUCAGCGAUUCGAACAUUAAUAAUGCCCAAAUCAACGGAAGAGCUUUGACAUUCUCUGAAGAUUGUGUGUGCAUCCAUGUCAAAGGUCCUGAGGUACCUGACCUCUACUUUUACGAUCUACCAGGAAUUAUCGCAAAUGUGCCAGAUGGUUCAGACGUAGGAGAUAUAUCACUGGUGGAAAAUUUGGCGCGAAGAUACAUUGAAAGAGAAAAUUGCAUAAUUCUUCUUGUCGUAUCCUGUGAAACUGAUUUUGAGAAUCAAGGCGCUGCUCGUCUUAUUCUCAAUGAUCCUGUUUUGAGGGAAAGGACUGUUGGUGUUCUAACAAAGGUCGACAAAAUUGACGAUCCAGAGGAUGAUAUGUCGCAAUUGGCUAACGAAUACGAUGAAAACGCUGCUAAAUGGAUAGAUAUACUGAAGAAUAAAAGUAUCCCCCUGAGAAAUGGUUGGUUUGCUGUCAGACAGCCGUCACAGCAAGAACUUCGCAGGAGUAGCGUUAGGGGAGGUCUCUCCAGGACUGACGCCCUUCAUAUCGAACGGCAAUUCUUUAGCACCAAGGAACCUUGGAAAUCGCUUAGCCCUCGAUACCAACAACGUCUAGGGUCUUCUCAGCUGUCCGAAAACCUAAGCACCAUUCUAUCGAAUCUAGUGGAACAACAGCUUCCUUCAAUCCAACUUGGUAUCGCUCAUUCCCUCCACGAAGUGAAGAAUGAGCUUCGCCAGAUGCCGCAACGGCACACCGAUGAUCCUCGGGGAGAGGUUAUCAAGAUUCUUUGUGACUUUGCAAAGAAAAUCUCGGAGCACGUGAAAGGACUGCCUCCAACCUUUGACCAAAGUUACCCAAGUCUUAUGUACGCCAUAAAUGGCACGUAUCAGACCUUCCGCUUGGAAGUACAUCGAACUGUUCCGCGAUUUCGACCUUGGAAAAUGACAUCUAUUGGGCACCUACCUCAAGGUGUUCUUGAUGGGAUGACUCAGAUGGCGUCUCAAGACGAUGCAGAGGACGGGAAGGGUACUCUCAUGCACGUUGAUCAGGUCAUGGAUCUUGCUCGACGCUCUCGGACUCGUGAGCUACCAGGAAAUUACCCGUAUUCUGUUCGCGAAACACUUAUCAAAGAGUUUACGAACCAUUGGAAUGGACUCAUGAGCGACUGUUUCGAGACCGUCGAGGACAUUUUGACCGCUCAUGUAAACAUGACACUUCGCGAGCAUUUCGCCAACUACACGCAUGGAGGUAUGCUAGAUCAGGUCAAUGCUGUGAUACAGCAACAGAUACACAAAUGUGUAGUAUCCUCCAAAAGGCGACUUGAUGCGCAAUUCGAAAUGGAAUGCGAGCACUACACUCAGAACGAGCCAUUCUUCUACACUUGUCGCGAAAAAUACCUGACACGUUAUAAAUCUCUCUUCCGUGAGUCCCUCCAACAGGACACCAUUCUUGAAAAGUUACUCGAUUGUGCAAGAAUGGGAGAACCCCUUAUGCUGCAAACGCCAUUCGGGGCCAAGGUUCAUGCAAUAAUCACAGCAUUGGAUGAGCUCGGAAUCACAGGUCGUCAGCCUAUUGACCUUGGCAAGUUACUUCCCAACGAUAACAUGGACCCGGCUCUGGAGAUCAUGGCCGAAGUGCGAGCAUAUUUCCAAGUUGCCUAUAAACGGUUUUCGGAUGUUGUUCCUCAAAUUAUCGAUGAUAAGUUCGUCCGUGCAUUUGGGGCGUCCCUCGAGGUUGCUUUGCAUCUCAUGGACGUCAGCACGGAGUCAUGCUUGAAAUUCCUGGAGGAGGCACCUGAGCUCAAGCGGCGUCGUCAAGAUCUUACACAGAGAAAGACGCGCUUGGAAGCGGCGAAGGAUAGGCUGGAGAAGCUUUUUAUAUCCACCGAUUCUACCAGCUCUCCCGUGUCGCCGUCCUCAUCAUACAGGGACGUCAGUGACUUCACUUCUCCGACGCUGACAGAGACUCCGAUCCCGUUGACGAGAUCGUCGUCGAGAUCUACGCUCACCGAGCGGGUUAUGGGAGCCUUUCAUAUGUAA